UUCACCAUGAAGCCCAAUUUUAUUUCUAGCUCUUCAUCUUCUGAUGAAGAUGGUGAAAAUGCUCAUAUGAUAUACACUUACAACCAAUUUAUGCAGGAUAUGCAACGUAGAAUCGACAACAACAACAUGUUGAUUCAAUACCUUCGUGACCGUCAAAGUCCACAAAUAUAUCGUGGAUCAGUUCCAGGGCAUAUUGUCAUCAACCGUGACCGAGAGGGUGCUUACGCUAGAUUGUACAAUGAUUAUUUUGCUAAUAAUCCAUUGUAUAAUGAAACCAUGUUUCGUAGGAGAUUCCGGAUGUCUCGUCCAUUGUUCCUUCGUAUUGUGGAUGCAGUUAAGGAACAUGAUGACUACUUCGUGCAACGACCAGGUGGAACCGGAAGGCUUGGACUAUCAUCUCUUCAAAAGGUAAAAGCUGCUAUUCGUAUAUUGGCAUACGGUGUACCAGCUGAUGCUUGUGAUGAGUAUGUGAAAUUAAGUGAGAGUAGUGCGAUCAAAAGUCUAAAACGUUUUUGUCGUGCAAUAAUAGAAGUUUUUUCAACGCAAUAUUUGAGAAGUCCGACAACUAGUGAUAUUGCUAGACUUUUAUAUAUUGGUGAGCAACGUGGAUUUCCAGGGAUGCUUGGCAGUUUAGAUUGUAUGCAUUGGAAAUGGAAAAAUUGUCCUACAGGGUGGAGCGGUUCAUAUUCAGGUCGUAGUGGAAGUCCUACAAUUAUCCUUGAAGCUGUGGCAGAUUAUGAUCUUUGGAUAUGGCAUGCUUAUUUUGGAUUGCCCGGCAGCAACAACGACAUCAAUGUGUUAGAUUCCUCUCAUCUUUUUUAUAAUCUCACUCAAGGUAUUGCUCCUCCUACUUAUUAUGUUAUUCAAGGUAAAGAAUACAAUAUGUGUUAUUACCUAGCCGAUGGAAUAUACCCAAAAUGGUCUACUAUUGUGCAAACAAUUCAUGAGCCUCGUACCCCAAAGACAAAAUAUUUUGCUAUGAGGCAAGAGGCAUGUAGAAAAGAUGUCGAACGUGCAUUUGGUGUUCUCCAAUCACGUUUCUCAAUUGUAGCAGGACCAGUGCGGUAUUGGGAUAAAGAAGUGUUGCAUGACAUAAUGAUUACAUGUAUAAUUUUGCAUAACAUGAUAGUUGAAGAUGAACGUGACCUGAGUUCUCCAAUCGAAGUUGCUAGAAACGCACCACAACCAGAAGUUAAGAUGACGACAAAUGAAGAUGUUCGAUUUCAAGAGUACUUGACUCGGUAUGCCGCAAUAAGAAAUAAAAAUGCACAUCUAGAACUUCGAAAUGCAUUAGUUGAUCAUUUGUGGGAAAAUUUCUCAAAUACGCAAUCUUGAAUUUUAGCUA